AUGUCGAUGCUGGUCAACUCCCUCAUUGACAGGUUCGAGCAGGGCCCCGGGCGCCUGCUGGCGCCGCCGCUGACGCCGGCGACGGCGCAACUAGCGCCCGCCGCCACCAUCGACGAUCCGGGCCUCAUGAAGCUAUUAGGGGUGGAGCGGUUCCCGCUCGGCGAGGAGGCGUACAUCGAGACCAUCCGCCUCCGCCAGGAGAUCGAGCGCCGCAAACAGGAGGAGCUCCGCCGCCAAUUGGCCGACAAGAACCUCGAGAUCAUCCGCAUGGCGAUGGCGGCGCACAUCCCGCCCCACCUCAUCCCGGUGAUGUGUGUCAAUCCCGACGAGUACCACCGGACGUUGCUUCAGCAGCUGGCGCUGGCGCUGGCCGCUGGCGCUAGUGGUACUCCGGUACCGCCGCCGAUGAUGGUGCCCAUAAUUCACCCCCAGGCCCCGGCGCCAGGAGCGCCGCCGUACGCGCCAUUUGCGCCACCAGCGCUGCCCACUAAGCGCCUGGCGUCGGCGAUGUACCACCAGGACCACCUCAACGUCAACCCCACCCUCCCCAUUCACUAUAGAUUCGGCGAAGGACGCCCCCAUUCGCCGGCGAAGCGAGGAGCGGUAGCACUGGCGCAAUUGCUGGCGCCAUCGUUCUCAGUACGACCACCAAUGACGCCACAACAACAGACCCAGCGCUCGCGGCGGUCGCUGGGCGCCUCGCACCAGCGCACGGCGCUGGUGCCCGACGGCUCUCAGCUCACUCUGCCCAACAUCACCAAGACCCUCCAGGUAAAGCCACUGCCAGCGCAGCCGCCGGCGAAGAACAAGCCACCACCGACUCAGGAGCUGAUGACGCUGUUCCAACACAUUAUACAAUUCCACCACUGGAAGCCGGGCGACAAGCUGCCGCCAAAUAACACCAAGAGUCCGGCGCCAGGAAGGGCGCCGUCGACGCUCUCCGCGGUGAGCGCCACCAGCGGCACCAGCGCUGCCAGCGGCGCGGCGCCGGCGUCCCACCUGCCGUCAGACAACUCGACGGCGCCGGCGUCGCCCGACACCCAGGAGAACUCCCCCCAGCAUAUCAACCCCCACGCGCCGCCGGCGCUGCUGACGCCGAGAGAACCAAGCCACAAGCGGUACAAGCUGGAGGUGGUCCGCGACAGCGACGACGAGACCAUCGACGACACCACCGAGAUGUCGCCGCAGCAGGCGCCGCCGGCGAAGUUCCCCCACGACAUCAUGAGCUAG